UUCAUCAGUCAGUCUCUAGGCUGAGUGAAACUUCAGACUAAAGAAAUGAAUGAUAAAUUGAGCAAUGCAACUCAACAAGGAUAUUUGCAGCAGAACUUAUACCCACCAUUACAACCAUAUCCUUCCAUGCUGGAAGAAAAACUGCCUCCACCAUAUUUUGAACAAGGAGCUCAUCAAACAACUCCAACUUUCAUAGUUGUUACACAGCCACCAAGUGCUACCCAAGUGGUACAGCAUCAGCCCAUUGGUGACUAUUAUUACACACUAUCUAUCUUGAUGACUAUUUUCUGUGUCAUGUGUGGAUUUUGGCCAACAUUAUUCUGCACCCUUCCAGCCUUUUUCAUCUCUUUAUCAGCUCGUGAUUCAGCUACUCGAGGUGAUUUCAACGGAGCUCAAAAAAAGGGAACGAUUUCACUGAUUUUAAAUAUUGCAGCUGUUGUGACUUAUUUUAUAGUCGUUAUAGCAAUAGUAAUUCUUGGAUCAGUAGAGGAGUGAUUUAGCUUACAAUGUGUGUGUGUGUGUGUCUGUGUGUGU